AGUCAUUUUCAGAAUCAUACCAUUAGUGAAAUUUUUAGCUAAACAUAAUUUAGCAUUCUCUGGCUCAAAAGAAAGAUUGUACCAAAAAGGUAAUGAGUUAAAAAUGUUAUACUUUUAAAUGUUCCACUUUUAUAAAAGGUCAUGUUUCUUAAUUGUGUUUAUUUUUUAACAUCUAAUAGAAAUUUUCUUGGGUCUCAUUUAGAUGUUACAAGAGUUUGAUCCAGUUAUUCGAGAGCAUGUGCGACGAGUCACAAAUGAUGAGCUUCAUGUGCAUUAUCUCAGGCACAAGAUCCAGAAUGAACUCAUACUUGAUUUAGCCCAAGAGAUUAAGAAGGAAAUCAUCAAGAAGAUAAAGGAAGCCAAUGAAUUUGGCAAUCCCUUAGAUGUUUUAAAGCAUUUAAAAGAACUUGGUUGUUACCAGAAUGCCUGCAUUGCAUAUAGAAUUUUGUUGAUUGUUUUAGUAACUGUGGCAUCUGCAAAGAGAAGUUUUUCCAAAUUGAAGCUCUUGAAAUCUUACUUACGAUCUACAAUGUCCCAAGAAAUAAUUAGUGGAUUGGCGGUAAAAGCUAUCGAGAAUGAAAUCUUAGAGAGCAUAGACUGUGAAGAUGUGAUCAACCAAUUUGCUCUCAAGAAUGCAAGGAGAACUUCUCAAAUCCUCAACUACCUUUUACGCGGAGUGAAACACACGGUCGAAGGGUGCUUCAAGCGGAUUGGCUAUCCGCAAUGGUGGCCGAAUAGUCGGAAAAGAGGGAAGAAACUGUCCGGGGUCGAUGGGGAAGCGGUGGGAAAUCUGGAGACCACCAGCACCACCACAGACCAUAUAUUCGUCGGAGUUACCACGGGAAAAACAGGAGGCGCAGAAGAAAUGACUGGUAGGCAAACUGAAGAAACAAAUGGCGUAGAAGAAAAGAGAGGGACAGCUGUCCCUCUGCUCCGCGUCCGUUCUUCGUCGCCGUCUGGCCAGCUAGCAACCACAGCAGCCGCCGGAAGCUCCGCCGCCAUCGCUGACCUUUCUCCCUUCCCUGUUGCGCAGAGUUCCAACGAUUUUCCCUUCCCUGUCCGUCUCCGUCGUCCAUCGGGUUCACGGGAGCACUAACCGGCGAACUCCGUCCCUGAGAAGCAGCGGCGGCGAGCUUAGCAGCAGCGUGGAGUCCGGCAGCAACAACGAUCUCCCCUCUCCGAUUCGAGUUUCUUCGUCAAUUUCGAGGUAGGAACACAGGUUUGGAUCGACAACCCAGAGGGCAGUGAAGUGGUGAUGUGGCGUGGAUGGCUCCUAUUUUUCUUUAAUAAUUAAACUAAUUUAUUUUCUUUAAACAAUAUUUGGUUUUCUUAUGCUUCCGCGACGUUUGGACUUGUUUAUUUACUCCGAUGAACUUUUGGUUUAGUUUAAACUUUUACGGAUGAAUUUUAUAAUUUAUUUAGAUGUUUAUCAUUGAAUAUGUGCAUUGGUGCAUAUAUAUAGACAUAACUCGGCAAAACGUUAUGUAUGAAUGUUGUCAUGACUCCGUCUCUUCAAUCAAACUAAAUGGCUGUGUGUAUA